GAGGAGGAGUCGCCGGGGGUCAAGAAGCAUCACUGAGAGAAGUCACCAAAUCCCAAGGAAAGAAGAAAACUGUCAUCAAAGAGACAACAUCUCUGGAAAUACUUUGACUUCACCCAACUGCCGAUUAAUAUUGAUUUAAUGGCUGAAAUAUAUAGACAAAAAACUGUUUUUAGUUAUUAGGGGGUGCAUUGUGGAUAACUGAACCACUCACUUGAUUUUCUUCUAACCAGUUUGACUAAAACAGCUGAAAAGAAAACAAUAACUGUCUUCCCUCGUUUGAGACUUUGCUGCAGUAAAAACCAGAAGCGCAGUGUGUUAACCUGCCAGCCAUCAGUCAGUCAUGGAAAUGAGCAACAGGUCACACAAUAUCCCCUCCAUCCUCCACGUGGACUUCGGCCCGCUAAGUGACUUUUUGGAGUAUAACGAAACUAACUCCACCGCAGGAGAGCGAAACUAUUUGGGCUGCGUGCAGAUCCGCAUUCCUCAGGAGCUCUUCCUCGCGCUGGGGCUCAUCAGCCUAGUGGAGAACAUCCUGGUGGUCCUGGCCAUCAUCAAGAACCGCAACCUGCACUCACCCAUGUACUACUUCAUCUGCUGCCUCGCCGUGUCCGACAUGCUGGUGAGUGUGAGCAACGUGGUGGAGACCAUCUUCAUGCUUCUCAACGACCACGGCCUGAUGGACGUGCACCCUGGCAUGCUGCGCCACCUGGACAACAUCAUCGACGUGAUGAUCUGCAGCUCCGUGGUGUCCUCGCUCUCCUUUUUGUGCACCAUCGCCGCGGAUCGAUACAUCACCAUAUUUUACGCGCUGCGUUACCACAGCAUCAUGACCACGCAGCGCGCCAUCGCCAUCAUCGCGGUGGUGUGGCUGGCCAGCAUCACCUCCAGCAUCCUCUUCAUCGUGUACCACACCGACAACGCUGUCAUCGUGUGCCUCGUGACCUUCUUCUGCAUCACUCUGGUGUUUAACGCGGUGUUGUACCUGCACAUGUUUGUCCUGGCUCACAUUCAUUCCCGGCGCAUUGUGGCUUUCAACAAAAGCAGACGCCAAUCUACGAGCAUGAAGGGAGCGAUUACCCUCACAAUCCUGCUCGGGGUCUUCAUUGUAUGUUGGGGCCCCUUCUUUCUCCAUCUAAUCCUCAUCCUCACCUGCCCAGCCAGCCCCUUCUGCAACUGCUUCUUCCGAAACUUUAAUCUUUUCCUCAUCCUCAUCAUCUGCAACUCGCUCAUCGACCCUCUCAUCUACGCCUACCGGAGUCAGGAGCUGCGUAAAACCUUGCGGGAGCUGGUUCUGUGUUCCUGGUGUUUUGGUGUUUGAGACCGUGUACUUCUAGGAAGAAAAAGAGCACCAAUCUAACUAUGUCGGCUACCUCUUCUUCCUGAAUGUGAAUUGUGUCAGAAGAUGAAGUAUGCGGUGACUGCUGCGUGCUUUAAAUCGCUCAUGGGGGACUGUAGCUCUGAUAAAUACUUGUCUCUGGAUUUUAGUAUGUCUUGCUGUACAGAUACCUUUGGUGUCCCUGCACUGUGAAACACCUUGACAUUUAAUCAUAGGCGGCGCGUGAGGCUCAGGUUUGGGAAGGCUAAAUAACUUUUUGUACCUGACGCUGCCCGCCUCCGGCGUUUAUAGAAAAGAGAUCAACUCAGUGUGGGGAGUUU